CGUCCCAGUGAGGAGAGCGUUAACGGGGUGCUGGUUGGCUACCGGCUGUACUACCGGGAGCUCCCGGUAAACUCGGUAAACUCCACCCCUAGUACGGUACCCCUGGAAGACAUGGCCAACAACACCACCACACGUGGUGACAUCACAGCUCUGACCAGCUUUAAGACAGUGAGCAGUGUUUCCUUAACAGAAUUUGAGUUAACGCAGCUGAAGAAGUUUAAGUGUUAUGAGAUCGUCAUGACAACCUAUAACAUCGUAGGAGAGAGCCCACCCUCUGAGCCGGCCACUGUAUCAGUUGGAGAAGCAGCUCCCUCCUUGCCACCCCAGUCUAUCAGAGCGGUGCCUGUCUCUCCUACUGUACUGGAGGUGACCUGGGACCUCCCACCCCUACACACACAGAAUGGACUCAUUCAGGGUUACAAGAUCCACUACUGGCAGGGUGCCAGACAGAACGAGACAGAGAAGGUGACGGUGGUGUUUGUUCCUGACACGCGUGUUCGUCUGGUCAACCUCACGUGUUACACGUCCUACCUCGUCACGCUGUCUGCCUUCAACGUGGCUGGAGACGGCCCGCCCAGCGAACCCCGGGGCGCCAAGACCCUACAGGCUGCCCCCAGCCAGCCUAGUUUCCUGUCGUUUUCGGAGGUGACAGGAUGGAGUGUCAACGUCUCCUGGGGGGCGCCCAGCGCUUCUAACGGGGUAGUGGAGGGGUACAGGGUGGUCUACCAGCCCACACAGCCUGUACAGGGUGUGAGUCGGGUGGUGACGGUGGAGGUGAAGGGUAGCUGGCAGCGUUGGUUGAAGGUCAGAGACCUGACUAAAGGAGUAACCUACAGGUUCAGUGUCCAGGCCAGAACAGUCAGCUACGGACCUGCUGUCCACUGUAACGUCACCUCACAACCUCUACAGGGCACCCCUGGUUCACCCAUGGAGAUGUCAGUCACCAAGUCCUCCUCGGCGCUGACCAUUCAUUGGUCGGAGGGAGACGCGGGGGCGGGACCUGUCAUAGGUUACAUCAUCGAGGCUCGUCCCUCAGAUGAAGGGAUGUGGGACUCGUUUGUCAGGCUCCUCCCCCCCAGCAGUAGGUCAGCAACCGUGGAGAUGGACCGUCUGAGGUCAGGGGUCGGAUAUGAGUUCCGUGUCAUCGCUGUCAAUCGCUACGGUUAUGGGGAACCCAGCACGCCGUCCACCGCACUCGCUGCUCUGUGGGACCGUCCCUUCUAUGAGGAGUGGUGGUUCCUGUUGGUCCUGUCUCUGAUUGGUCUGAUCAUGAUCCUCAUGUUGGUGUUCAGCCUCCUGCUGCACGGACACAACCACAAGUACAGGAGCUGCAGCACAG